UUUUUUGUCCAUCAUGCAAUUCUCGAUCGUGGUCGCUGCAACGCGCGACGCGCUUGGAAUCGGGCUGAACAAUCGUCUUCCAUGGAAGCUCAGCGGCGACAUGCAGUACUUCAAACGCCUCACUUUGGCGCCAAAUGCACACUCGGUCGCUCCAACUGCUACUGCUGCUGCUACCACCGCGUCGCCCGCGCCAGACCAGACCAUGGCAAGUCAAACCAGUGAUAGUCGUGUCGUCCUCGAGUCAGCCGUGACGACAACGACGACAACAACAGCAACACCGCCGAACGCGGUCAUUAUGGGCCGAUCCACUUGGACGUCGAUUCCCGCCAAAUUUCGACCGCUGCCAGAUCGGCUCAACGUGGUCCUGACGAGCAAUCCCGACGCCCGAAGCCUCUACGAAAUCCCAGAGCAUGUUCUCGUUGAGCCGUCGUUUUCGUCCGCAUUGCAGACGCUCGAGCAGCUGCACGCGAAUGGCACCGUCAACCAGGUGUUCGUCAUUGGCGGCGCGCAGGUUUAUGCGACCGCUCUUCAGUCGCCGCUGCUUCAGCGGAUUUACUUGACACAGAUCAACGCCGACAUCCAUUGCGAUGUAUUUAUGCCACCCAUUGAUCCGGCGUUCCGUAUUGUAGCGAGCGAGCCCCGAACGGAGAAUGGCAUCGCAUAUGAGUUUCAAGUUUUGCAGCGACAACCCUAAAACCUGGUUGUUUGAAGUGUUUGCAAGGAACUUGUCGUCUCGAGUACAUCCGUGUCUAGCUCCCAGAGUUACAAAAACAAAAAUCAU